AUGGCUCCCAUCUUCGUCUUCCCUCGCACACUCGAAGAGCUUGAACACGAAGACGAAGAUAACCGCCUCUACGUCCACAACCCCAUCAACAUCGCUUCCUUUCACUCCUCCCAACUCGAAGAGUUCGUCAAAGGUGUGUCGUUUGAUCUCUCCGACAAGGAAAUCCUCUGCGUUGAGGAGCAGGAUGUUUUCGACCGCGUCUAUUCCUUGCUUCGCGGCUACUCCACUCUCUCUCCUUCCUCCAAACUCAACCUCGUCGAAACUCUCCGUUCCAACCUCACCGUCCUUCUCCCCAACGUCGAUUCUCUUUCCAGAGUUUCCGAUGACCACAUUCCUCUCGCUUCUCAUCGCAACGCUUUUAAAAUCUACACCUUCUUCCUCGUUCACAUUCUUCUCGCUCAAGACUCCGACAAUAACAACCACAAUGCCAAGGCGGUGGGUGCAAGUUCCAGGAAGAAGCAACCUGCGAAUUCAUGGAAUUGGGAGCCACAGAGAGCUCGGAUACUCAAUCUCAUCGCCAAUUCGUUGGAGAUAAACCUUGAAUUGCUUUUUGGUUCGCCAGAACUGGAUGAGGGUUACUUGUCUUUUAUUACAAAAAAUGCAUUCUAUAUGUUUGAGAAUGUGACGCUCUUAAAAGAUUCUGAUGCGAAGGAUGCCCUCUGUCGUAUAAUUGGAGCCUGCGCUACCAAGUACCGUUACACUGAACAAUCGUGCGCAUCCGUUAUGCAUUUGAUUCACAAGUAUGAUUUUGUGGUCACGCACAUGGCUGAUGCAGUUGCUGCUGCGGAGAAGAAGUAUGCAGAUGGAAGCCUUGCCACCUCGCUUGUUAGGGAGAUUGGAAGGACUAAUCCAAAAGAUUAUGUUAAAGACACUGUUGGGGCUGAAAAUGUGGGUCGUUUUCUUGUGGAGCUUGCUGACCGCAUACCGAAAUUGAUUUCAACUAACAUUGGCAUUCUUGUUCCUCACUUUGGAGGAGAUUCCUAUAAGAUUCGAAAUGCGCUUGUUGGCGUGCUGGGGAAGCUAAUGGCCAAGGCAUUUAAAGAUGUUGAUGCUGGUGAAGUGACUUCUAAGUCCAUUCGCUUGCGCACUAAGCAAGCUAUGUUGGAAAUCUUGCUUGAGCGUUGUAGAGAUGUUUCGGCUUACACGAGAAGCCGAGUUCUUCAAGUGUGGGCUGAGUUGUGUGAGGAACACUCUAUUUCAAUUGGCUUGUGGAAUAAGGUUGCAGAAGUUGCUGCUGGAAGGUUGGAGGACAAGGGUGCAAUGGUGAGAAAAUCUGCUUUGAGUCUAUUGAUCAUGAUGCUGCAGCACAACCCUUUUGGUCCGCAACUUCGAAUAGCUUCAUUUGAAGCCACCUUAGAUCAGUACAGAAAGAAGUUAAAAGAGCUUGAGCCUCCAGGAGGGGAAGAACCCUCCUCUAAUUCUGAUAAUUUUAAUGGUGAUGGAGAAGUGGACGAUUUGAAUUCUGAAACUGUUGCAAAGGAGCCGCAACAAGACAGUUUAAUUGAUAGUUGCUUGUCCCAAACAGAAGAUGCAAUCCCUUUGCAGAACAGUAGUGUGCCAGAUGUUGGGAACUUGGAGCAGACUAGGGCAUUGGUUGCAUCGCUUGAGGCCGGAUUGAGGUUCUCUAAAUGCAUAGGAGCCACAAUGCCAACACUUGUUCAAUUGAUGGCUUCAUCUUCUGCCACUGAUGUUGAGAACACAAUUCUCUUAUUGAUGAGGUGCAAACAGUUUCAAAUUGACGGUUCAGAGGAAUGUCUCCGAAAGAUGUUACCAUUGGUAUUUUCCCAAGAUAAAUCCAUCUAUGAAGCAGUGGAGAGUGCUUUCCACACAAUAUACAUCAGGAAAAGCCCAAUUGAAACUGCCAAGAAUCUCUUGAAUCUUGCCACUGAUUCCAAUAUAGGAGAUCUAGCAGCUCUUGAGUUUAUUGUUGGCGCCCUGGUCUCUAAGGGUGACAUAUCUUCCAGCACAAUAUCAGCGUUGUGGGAUUUCUUUUGCUUCAAUGUUGGCGGAACCACUGCAGAGCAAAGCCGUGGUGCUUUAUCAGUUCUUUGCAUGGUUGCAAAGACGUCCACUGGUGUGCUUGGUUCACAUUUACAGGACAUCAUUGAUAUAGGGUUUGGUCGUUGGUCUAAAGUUGAUCCUUUGCUAGCUAGGACAGCUUGUCUUGCUAUCCAGAGACUGUCUGAAGAUGACAAGAAAAAGCUUCUGGCUAGUAAUAGUGUUCGAAUAUUUGGUAUUCUAGAAAGCUUAAUCACUGGUAUUUGGCUUCCGAUGAAUAUUUGGUAUGCUGCUGCUGACAAAGCAAUAGCUGCCAUAUAUGCCAUUCACCCUACCCCCGAAACCAUAGCAGCCAAUAUGAUAAAGAAAUCUCUCAGUUCUGUCUGUAAUGAUGGUGGUGUUAAUGUGCUGAGUGACACUGACACUAGUAGUGGCAGUAUGUCUAUCACAGUUCAAGUAGCAAAACUCAGCAGAUGUUUAUUUGUCAUAAGUCAUAUUGCCAUGAAUCAACUGGUAUAUAUUGAAUCUUGUGGCCAUAAAAUUCAGAAGCAGAAACUUCAGAAAGAAAAAAGGGAUAGUGAGAAUCAGAGCAUAGACAGUAAUGGCAAGGUGCAAACUGGUACACUUAAGGAUAAUGAUAUAAAUGCAGAGUUAGGAUUUUCUGCCUCUGAGGAUGCAGCACUUGACGCUUUGUUUGAAAAAGCAGAAAAAGAAAUAGUCUCUGGUGGUUCAAAUGAAAAGAAUUUGAUUGGUAUCUGUGCAACCUUCUUGUCAAAGCUUUGUAGAAAUUUUGGACUAAUGCAGAAGUAUCCAGAAUUGCAGGCAUCUGCAAUGCUUGCUUUGUGUCGAUUGAUGAUUAUAGAUGCAGAUUUUUGUGAUGCAAAUCUUCAGCUCCUCUUCACGGUGGUAGAAAGCUCACAAUCUGAAAUUGUCCGUUCUAAUUGCACGAUUGCACUGGGAGAUUUAGCAGUACGGUUUCCCAAUCUUUUAGAACCAUGGACAGAAAACAUGUAUGCCCGCCUAAAAGAUCCCUGUGUAUCUGUUAGGAAGAAUGCUGUGCUGGUGCUUUCACAUCUCAUACUGAAUGACAUGAUGAAGGUGAAAGGGUACAUUAAUGAAAUGGCUGUAAGAUUGGAAGAUGAGGAUGAGAGAAUUUCAAACCUAGCUAAGCUAUUUUUCCUUGAACUUUCCAAGAAAGGAAACAAUCCAAUAUACAACUUACUUCCCGAUAUACUAAGCCGAUUAUCCCAGCAGAAUCUGGGCAAGGAUUCUUUCUGCAACAUCAUGCAAUUUUUAAUUGCUUCCAUCAAGAAGGAUAGACAAAUGGAAGCUCUGGUGGAAAAGCUAUGUAAUCGGUUUAGUGGUGUUACAGAUGUCAGACAAUGGGAAUAUAUAUCUUAUUGUCUCUCUCAGCUAUCAUUUACUGAAAAAGGGAUGAAAAAACUCAUAGAGUUAUUUACGACAUAUGAACAUGUCUUGUCGGAGGAUUCUGUUAUGGAUAAUUUUAGGAACAUCUUGAACAAGGGCAAGAAGUUCGCAAAAGUUGAGCUUAAAUCUUGCAUUGAGGAGUUUGAGGACAAAUUGAAUAAAUUUCACGCAGAAAAAAAGGAACAGGAAGUUACUGCUCGAAAUGCUCAAAUUCAUCAACAGAAGAUUGGCAGCAGGGAAGGUUUUACUGUGGCUAUAAAUUCUGAAGAUCAUACCGAAUCUAAUACUGCUUCAGAUGAAACAGACAGUGAAGUAGUUGAUGGAAGCACUGAAGAGACAGCUUUUCCUUCAAAUGGUAAAUCAAAAUCUAACCUUGAUGUGUCAGAAACAUUUUCUGGUGCCUCAAGUGAGUUGACAGAGUCAGAUCAAGAAGAUAUGGAAGUCCAAUCACCCCGGGUGACGAGAGGAGUUCCACGGUCCAGAACUAAUAAAAGCAAUGUUAAAGAUGGAAAGGGUGAUAAUAUCUCUGUCACCAAAAGGAAAAUUAUUGGAUCAAGGAGGUAUGCCUCCCUGCAUAAAAAAAAAUCCACGCGAAUAUUUAUUUUUGUCUUGCAACGUUCAAACCAACAAGGACAAUCAAUUCUCAACUGUACUAGUUUUCCUCCGGUUAUUGGACUCCAAGUGAACCCCAAUAUUUCCUCAGAGAUUGUGGGUGGCAACGGGUUUCUAUGUGUACUAAGGCCACCAUCUUCUUCGGGGUCCAUCAUGGGCUCUGAUAGAAGAGUUGCUCGUUGGGGCUCCAAUAACUUCAGCAUGUCACAGAUCAUCACCACCACCGCCCCUAAAAGCAGCAUAAGAAAGCGGUUGGAGCGACAAAAUGGUGGCAUUUCUAGUGGUUGGGAUCGUGAGUUGCACUAUCUUCUUCCUAGUCUGGGCUUUCUUCCUUUACAUGCACUGCAACUGCAAAAACCGAGGAAGCUGCAUGCAUAG